ACGCUUUCAAGGUAAAAUAGUAUCAGAGGUUACUAUUUGUGUAUUUUAUCAUAAAGACUGUUUUGACAUAUAACCAUUGUUACCUGUUUUAUCGUUGUGGUCUAGCCAUCCAUUCCAUAUUGCAUAUAGAUAGCUGGCUAGGUGGCUACAGGGGUUAUGGAGCUACUGCGAUUACAGCAAGUUCUCGUUAAAUAGCAAUAGCGACCACGACGUAACCAACGACAUUCUCGAAACGCAAAGCUAGUUUGUUUUAACCAUUCAUGUAAAAAAUUCAAACUUCAGUUUAAGUAUCUAGACACAGUUAUAUUUUAUUUUCUGAGAUGUCUACUCCAGCGAGAAGGAGACUAAUGAGAGAUUUUAAAAGGCUGCAAGAGGACCCCCCGGCCGGCGUCAGCGGAGCCCCAUCUGAGAACAACAUAAUGGUGUGGAAUGCGGUCAUAUUUGGCCCUGAGGGUACACCAUUUGAAGAUGGCACAUUCAAGCUGACUGUGGAGUUCACAGAAGAAUACCCCAAUAAACCCCCCACAGUUAGAUUUGUCUCAAAGAUGUUUCAUCCGAAUGUAUACGCAGAUGGCAGUAUAUGUCUGGAUAUUCUUCAAAAUCGCUGGAGUCCAACUUACGAUGUUUCGUCUAUUCUCACCUCUAUACAGUCCCUGCUGGACGAGCCAAACCCGAACAGCCCAGCGAACAGCCAGGCAGCUCAGCUGUACCAGGAGAACAAGCGCGAGUAUGAGAAACGUGUGUCGACUAUCGUCGAACAGAGCUGGCGAGACAGUUGAUUUUGGCCAACACCCUUGAACACCAAACACUGGCUGAGUUUUGUUGACUUGGUUCAAGUUUCUUUUUCCUUGUAUUUUGAAGCUUUUAUGCACUUUAUCCUCCUCCCUGUAGCUUAGCCCUGUAGCAUGGUGCUGUCAUUUUUCUGACACACUUUUGACUGUUUGGUGCAGUUUUCAAACUCUCUCCUCUAUUGAGUUACCCUGUACUGUAAGUCUUUAGUGCUGGCCCUCUGCUUUAGAGUUUUGUAUGAUAUAAUAAUGGUAAUAAUCUGCAAAGGCCUUUUUUGAGUUCCAUUUUUGUGUACUAGCCCGGCCUGGCAGGCACCGGGGUCUCUCCUGCUAUGUGUUAUAGGUCUGCAUUGUGUGUUCCUUCUCUGGUGAAUCAUCUUCUUCUACCAUUGGGUGAGCUUGUCCCUAGACCUGACGCACGUGACAGUGGGGCUCGGCGAGUGGUGAGCACUGCCUCAGUCACAAGAGAGUGCCUCCAUGUUGUCUCCUCAGUUCUUCCAUGUAUAUAAUAAACUGCUGCCAUGAAAAGAUUUUGCACAUUGUUCAUGUCAGUUCUUUUCAGCAUUUGUAAAUAAAG